GAGGUCUCCACUCCCUCAGAAUUUUUUUGGUUAAUGACCAUAAUACCCCUCCCCCCGCCCCCUCAAUCCCCCCGUCUCCUUGUAUCCAAAACCCUCCGCCAUCUCUUCCCCCUCCCGUUCUUUCCUGUCUCCGCUGCCCGAUCUCCGAUCAUGGCGGUGGCGCCCACUGGUGGGACCAGUGAAGACGCCCUUCCGGCCGGAACACUAGGCUGCGGGUACCCGACCCCGCUGUCGCCGCCGUACCCAGCGGAAUCGAAGGAGGUCGAGCUCCGCCGGGCGAUGACGGCGGCAGCGAGGUCCGGCGACUUUGAGAUGACCGCUGGCGACAUAGUGUUUGAGGACGAGUGGCUGGCGGUCGCCAACAAGGCCUCCGGCGUCUACUGCGAGGCCGUCCUCUCUUCCUUCAAGUCUCUCCGCGGCUCUGCAACUGUACCAUCUGAACUUCAUCUGGCCAACCGGCUAGAUCGUGACACCAGUGGGCUGAUGGUCAUAACCAAAUCUCACAAAGUUGCUGGGAGGUUGGUGAAAGCAUUCACUGAUCACAAGGUCAAGAAAACUUACCUGGCUCUAUGCAUCGGGUAUGCACCAAGUUGGAAGAAGAUCACAAUAAGCUCAGGCCAUGGGAGAUCAAAAUUCGGUGCAUGGCGAGUGUAUUCCGCAUCGGAUGUUGGGCGAACACUUCCUGGUGGGUCGAUGGUGAGGCAUAUGGUCACAUCUUUCGAAGUAUUGUCCAUAAAUGGGCAGGGGAAGUUGAGAGAGCCUGAAGCUCAUGAUGCAGAAUCAAUCAUAGUCCAAGAGAAGGGAAUCGAGAGGAGUAGAGAUGAUGACAUGAAGACUGAUGAGAUUUUGGUAAGAGCAUGCCCCCAGAGCGGACGAACACAUCAGAUACGCCUGCACUGCCAGUAUCUUGGAAUUCCAAUCAAGGGUGAUGUGAAGUAUUGUGGGGUUCUUGAAUGGAAGGGGAUAUCAUGUGAUGCUCAUGCACUUCAUGCAGAAAGGCUAUCAUUGCAACACCCUGUGACUGGUCUACCGGUCCGGUUUCAGGCCCCUCUGCCUUUGUGGGCAAAUGAGAUAUGCGGAUCGAUGUUACAAGAUUCCUGACAUCAGCUUCUAUCACGUUUGAACUGAUAACUGAAACAUCGUCUUGCAGAAAGAACUGUUCUAGGACAAGGUUUUUAUCAGGAAAUGUGGUUUUAGUAGCAAUGUUCAUUGGUUAGUCUUUAAUAAAGGGAUAAAUUAUCAAGUCUGCUUGCAUUGCUGUUGAAACUUGCCGAAUGUUCCUUUUUUUUUAAAAGCAUCCUUUGCAGUUUGCACUACUUGUUAGAACUCAUUGUCUAAAGAUGUAAUAUUUCAGGCCAACCUUGUAAUGGGAAAUUGUUUGUUGGGGGUGUAAAAUCGCUAAAAUUUACAGAAGAUGUAAAUGAAUGUCAGCUUACAAUGGAUAGGGAUUCAUGGCU